GAAUAAUGAAAAAUUUUGGAAAAGAAAUAAAAGAUGAUUUUGUAAUGGAGCAUGGAUACAUUUGUGUAAAUCACAGCAGUUUUGGAUAUGUCCCAAAGUGCGUAUUAAAUUAAAGAAUUGAGAAUUAUAAAAGGUUUCUUGAGAACCCUGAUAAUUUUGUUCGUUUUUUAAUUCCAAAGGAGUCACCAAAUGUGAGAAAGGCUGCUGCAGAUUUUCUAAAUGCAGACUUUAAUUAGUGUUUUUUUACAAAUAAUUCAGCAGAAUCUAUGAAUAGUAUAAUAAGAAGUAAUUAUGAUUAAUAUAGAUUAGAUUUGGGAUUAUCAGAUAAGGAUACAAUUUUAUAUUUGAAUAUUGCUUAUCCAAUGGUAUAGAAUGUGAUAAAAUUUAUGAAUACAAAUUAUAAAGUCAAUACCUGUAGGAUUGAACUGAAGGAGGAAGAUAUAAAUAAAGAAACAAUUUUAUAAUUAUUAGAUGGUAUAAAUAUUAUAUAUAUAUGAUUAGAAAAUAUGAAGUCAGGAAAGAUAACUGUGGCAGUUUUGGAUAAUAUUUCAUCAUUGCCAGCUUUUAAAAUGCCAACGAAAGAAUUUGUAUAAUUAUGCAAGAAAUAUGGAAUAAUAAGUAUAAUAGAUGCAGCUCAUGGUGCUGGAAUAAGUGAAAUCAAUUUAAAAGAGUUAGACCCUGAUUUCUUUUUCACAAAUUUUAAUAAAUGGGCAUUUUGUCCAUCAGGUGUUAAUUUAUUAUAUAUGAAUCAGAAAUAUUUGAAUCAAAUACAUAAUAAUACUAUAUCUGUAUUUUAUGAAUCUGGGAUUGAAAAAGAGUUUGAAUAUUAUGGUACAAGAGAUGCUAGUUUAUUAUUAUCAGUAAUAGAUGGAAUAAAUUAUAUUAAUUAAUUAGAUUAGAGAAAAAUAAUAGAAUAUUGUGAAAAUUUAGCAUGGGAAGGAAGUAAUUUGAUAGCAAAGAUUUGGGAGACUGAAUUAUUAGUAAAAGAAUAGAGUAUGCAUUCUGCAAUGGUAAAUGUAUUAGUACCUCAUAAAGAUCAUUCUUAUGUAGUGGAAUGUUAGAAAACAGUAAAAAUAAAUUAUUAUACAAUUUAGUGUAUUGAUAAAUAUAAUGUAUUGGUGGUUGUAUUUUAAUUCAAUGGAAGAUCAUGGGCUAGAUUUAGUGCAAGCAUUUACAAUAGUUUGGAUGAUUUUGAAUAUGCUGGUAAACAAUUUCUAAAAGUAUUAAAAAAAGAAGAAUGA